AUGUUGACCGGGUGUACUACGCCCCUCGGUGCUUUCGAGGAAGGUUGGUGUAAGAAAUCAGCAGAAAUCAUUGAUAUUAUCUGGGACCGGAGCAAAGAAAUUGCGGAUUCAAAAGUUCGUUUAACACUGAGUGAACUGCUAACCAAGACAAAUAUUAUUGGUGAAAUCGGAGAUUUAGGAAGCAAAAGUUCUCCUGAUACAAUAUCAGCGGUGCAACCUCAAAAUGAAAAGAAUCGCAACAAGCACGCUAUAAGAGAAGACAGCCAGUCGGACGAUCUGUUCAAAAAAAUAAAUGAAGAUGACGAGGAAUUUCUUGAAAAUGAGUUCCUUGAUACAAAUACAAUUGAGGCAUUUAGCGAAUAUCAAAAAAGGAUACCAAAAACUCGCAAGGCUUUGACCCCUGCAUAUUGGGGAAUAUUGGAUUUGACGAAGGAGAGUCUCAAAAACCCAG